UAUUUGAAAUAUUGAUAUUCGUGCAGGAGUGAUGCGUGAAUAUUGCUCGAUAUGGACAGCUCCGACUUGCAUCGUUGCUUUAGUCUACUUUGAUCGGGGUCGCGCAACAAGUUUCCCUUCGAAGUUUUUUUUUGCGUGUGUGUUUUUGGGCUACAUGCUUUAUUCCAAAUAUCAUACAAGUUUUCUUUGUACAUCGACGUCUUUGUUCAGGCGCCUGUUCCCAGCAAGUUCAAAUUGAUAUUAUUUAGAAUUCAAUUAGAUCGAAGAAAAUGGCGUUUCCGACCGUUGCUGCGGAACAGAGAUGUGGCAUUUUCUACAACAUCGACAAUGCGACAUCACCCGCGAGCCCGUUUGUGUGUGAUCAUGUAUCCGGAAGUGAUCUGACACGCAGCACGGAUGAGGGGCAGGCGAGGAGUAACGGUGUGCCGGCUGACAAGACAAGUGUCGGGGCGUUCGUAAACAGUCACAAUCCUGGAGUAGGACCAACAGCUACUUGUGCUGUGGUGCCAGUAGCGGAAGGAAGGCAAGCGCAAGGGGUCGUUGUGAAGAGAUUUCCUCUUCCCGUAUUUCCUCCACCAAGCUUCAGCUCCGCGAAGCACAUCAUGCCCCGGUCCACGGUACAAGCGUCCGCGAGCAGCUCUUCCUUUAGCAAUCGGAGUAACGCUCUGUCCUCUGGAGUCAUGGCGCAGCCUUGCGGAUUCAAAUAUAGUAACGUAAAUAUCUGUUAGCUUACUACACGAUACUUGAUUGUUUUGCAAAUUAGAAGAAUGCCUCCCAAGCUAGCAACAGCUCUUUUUUUUAAAUUGGGGCAUUUGAGGAGGCGGCUGCGCCCAGCACACGAUAUGUGAAGCUCUUUUCUACGAAUGGGCAGAAGGUUUUGCAUGAGCCGCUUGCAGCGGCUAUUCGCCGUUUUGUGGCCGAGCGCAAGCGUUGUAGCAAGCCAGAUAAGAACAUCGGUGCGCGCGCUGGGCAACUACCAAACUGGCUGGCGAAGCACGGUGGAUACGGUUCGUUUAUGGGUCGCAAGAUGGCGGAGAAAAAUGCGAGAAAAGCACCGGGAUCAAAAACGAUGAAAGUGCUGGCGUUCGAACUGCUGGAUUUGGUUGGCGCACUGAAGAGCGGGAAACAGUUUUGCGAAAUCAACGGAAUCAAGUUGGAUGAUGGUUGCAAAAAGAAGAGAAACUAACAUGAAAAAUAAGAACUUGAAGAUGAAACAGGUGAACAAAACAAACUAAAUCAACCAGCUAAGCUGCUAAGCUGCCGAAGGUCUCUUCGAACAAGCAGGGGCAUUAUUGAUAUCUUAAUUGAAAAUGCGCACUUGAAAUAUGUACGAGAUUUCUAUGAUUUUUACUACAACACGGUCAGCCGACCUUCUCAAGCUUAAUUGUAGUCCACCGGAAGUCGAAUGGAUAGAAUCGUCAAGGCAAAGAUGUUAAGAAAGACACCCAGAACAAACAUCAUGAACUAUUCUUUUUGUGCUCUCUCUUCAUCAAAAAUAUGUAAAUAAAGAGAAAACCACAUUCAGGGAAACGUGAACAAAACGUACGAAGGGAUCAUCUCCAGUUCCUUCUUUCGGUUAUAGCACGACUGACCAUAACCGAUUGUUUCACGCGCAAGCCUCACGCUGACAGAAAGCUAUUUGAUUUGUCGUGUUCUUUACUAAUAUUCAUAUUCUGUUGAACGUCUACUUGAAAAGUAUGUGUUCGUUCACUUCAG